UAGACCUGGGGUAGACUGUCACGUGAGGCAUGAUUCUGACACAGCAGUCCUCCAGCUUAUGUUUCUUGUAAAUGAGGGGGCCCUUGUUAGUGUAUGUGCAGAUGAUAGCUUACAUCUAUGGAAUCUUCGUCAGAAAAGACCAGCAAUCCUUCACUCACUCAAGUUCAAUAGAGAAAGGAUAACAUACUGUGAUCUCCCUUUUCAAAGUAAAUGGCUAUACAUCGGAACAGAAAGGGGGAACGUCCACGUUGUUAACAUAGAAUCGUUUGUGCUUUCCGGUUAUGUAAUCAAUUGGAACAAAGCAAUCGAAUUAUCAAGAAAAACCCAUCCAGGUCCAGUUGUACAUCUUAGUGAUAACCCAGUAGAUGGAAAUAAGUUACUAAUAGGUUUUGAGACGGGUGCCGUGGUAUUAUGGGACCUGAAGACGAGAGUGGCUGAAUACCGGUAUAACUGCAGCCAGCCCGUCCGCAGCAUCGCCUGGCACUACGAGGGCAAGCAGUUUGUGUGCAGCCACAUGGAUGGCACGCUCACGAUAUGGAACGUCAAAAACUGCAACAAGCCUGCCAAUAUCAUCUCUCCUCACGCCAAAGUACCUGCCAAAGGAUUAAAACCAGAGCCGUGUGCCCCUGUGCCCAAGGUCGAAUGGGCAUCUGUCAAAAGCGGGGACCCCUACAUUCUCUUUUCGGGUGGACUGACGUACGAGAAAGCCACCCAAACACCCAGCAUCACUAUUAUGCAAGGCAAGACCACCACCGUACUAGAAAUGGAACAUUCCGUCGUCGACUUUCUCACUCUUUGUGAGAAUCCAUGGCCGAGUAAUCCACAAGAACCUUAUGCUGUGGUAGUCCUGCUCGAGAGUGAUCUAGUGGUCGUUGACCUUUUAUCACCAGGGUACCCUUGCUUUGAGAACCCAUAUCCAAUGGAUCUUCACGAAUCUCCUAUAACAUGUGUACAGUACUAUGCAGAUUGCCCAUCGGAUCUUAUACCCGCUCUCUACUCAACUGGAGCGAAUGGCCUCAACAGGAAGAAAACAGCCUACAGUAAGAGGAAUUGGCCAGUGAAAGGAGGAGAGUGGGGGUCUGGUGGCAGCAGUGAUCAAGAAAUCAUCAUUACAGGGCAUGCAGAUGGCUCAAUCAAAUUUUGGGACGCAUCACAGGUCAUGCUCCAAGUUCUCUACAAACUCAAGACUGCCAAGGUGUUUGAGAAAGCCAAGCAAGCCAAGACGCUGGACGGGGACGAUGACCCCUUCGCUAUCCAGCUGGUCAAGCUCUGCUCAGAGAGUAGGAUGCUCUGUGUGGCCGGAGCCAGCGGUCAUCUACUCCUCUACCGCUUCAGCAAGAUGGAGGCUUCAACUGAGCUACCGACACUAGAGAUCUCGAUAGUAUACGAGGCUGAGGAGCCCGAAACGCCCGAGACUGAGAUGCCCCCUAUGCCCAUCCAACCGGCACCCCUCAAGCGCAACACCAGCACGGUGAGUGCCAGCAGCGUGGCCUCGGCGACCCUCCCCUCCACGCCCAUCCAGCAGACGUCGACCACGCCCGCGCCCAGCCCCAUCAACCACCCCCAUCAUCACCACCAGCAUCAGCAGCAGCACCAGCACCACUCCCAUCAGACGGGCGGGGAGGGGCUGAGGGACAACGUGCCCAACCUGAGGGUGAAGGGCGGGGCCCACAAGAGGGGGAUGGGCUUCCAGCCCUCGCUAUGUGUGCAGCUGCUCUGGGUGGACGGGGAACCCCCUCCGACCAUCACUUGCGUGGAGAUCAGUUCGGCCUAUGGCUUACUGGCUUUUGGGACCACCAACGGGCUGGCAAUUGUCGACUACCUUCAACGGACCUGCCUACUCAACAUGGGCACGCCCGAUCUGUAUGGCUCAGCAGACCCUUACCAGCGCACCCCAAGAUCUCCGAAGAAGAACAAAUCGCAGCCGCAGGGCCUCGGCGACAUUGUGGAACAGUACAUGUCGGACCAGGAGAGGUGUAGGUCACCGGUUGGCUCAAGCAUGGCGGGAGAGUCGAACGGAGUAUGCAUCAGCCCGACCGGCAACAGUGCGAUGCGGGGCGGCGGCGGCGGAGGCAGCGGCGGAGUCAAGCCCCGCAACAACCACGACCCGUCUCAGCUCCGGCGCACUCCCAAAGUCAAUGGUGUCAGCCACCCUGAACACCCCGCUGACCCCCAUCAAACAUCACCUUGCCCCUCUACCCCGCCCCAACCUCCCAAACAACCCCCUCCUCGACCCCCUCCACCCCGCCCCCCUCCUCCCAACACCUCCCCAUCCACCCCCACCACCACCAGCGAGCCCGCACACAAACCGGUCUCUGCCACCAAUUCUUUCUCCUCGACCACGACCCGUUCCUCUUCUUCCAAUUCCUUAUCUUCGAACCCCGCCCUUUCCCAAACCAACCAAUCUAGUGGUGACCCGCCCCCUCAGUCCGAUGCAUGUCACAAAAAGUCAUCUGUACCCCGGUUUCGUCUUCUGGUUGAGUCUGUCGUAGCAAGCAUAAGUGGCAAGCAUCGUAGUGAGGGCUCAUUCACACGCUCACGGAGCUCCAGCAUGUCGAGCCUGGAGAAGGAGACUAGGGAAGGAGUCCAGAAUCUUAUAUUUUCAGAGUCCUACACAAGAAAAGAAGAAUCUGUGACUUGUCCAUGUCUAUGGGUAGGAACUACUCUAGGUUCAGUGCUUGGUAUUGUUGUAAAUCUUCCACCUCCUGGUGAACAAAGGCUAUCCCAACCGGUCAUCGUCACACCAAGUGGUACUGUAUUCAGGCUGAAAGGCUGUGUAUUACACAUAGCCUUCCUAGACUGUAACGGUCUUCAGGUCCCACCAGCAUGCGAUGUGUGGAGGGACCCCAACAAAGAAACCAGGGAAGGAAGAGAUAAAAAGCCGUUACUACAAAGAAGUCGAAUGUCUCCCUCAUCAUCCACGGAGAUAGCGGAUCGUCAGUUCGUCGUCAUCUGCUCAGAGAAAGAGGCUAAGGUAAUAUCACUACCUUCCCAGACUUGUGUGUACAGAACGAAAAUAUCAGAAUCAUCUUAUGUUGUACGCAGUGAUGUCAUCAGUAUGCAAAACAGCGUAUGCCUGGCGUGCUAUGUAGCCAAUGGUCAUAUUAUGACUUACAGUCUACCUAGCUUCAGGCUUCUACUAGACAAAGAAUACCUUCCACUUACAGAUCUCAGGAUCGGCAGAACAUUCCAAUUUAGCUCACACGGUAAAGGCUUGUAUCAAUGCUCACCCACAGAGGUACAAAGGUUUACAAUAUGCAGUGAAGCGAGUGAGAACCUUCAUGAUAUGCUAGGUGAUCUGUUCUUACCUGUUAACACACCAGAAGCACCUAGUAAAGGUUUCUUCAAGGGACUCUUUGGUGGUGGUGGAGGAGCGCUAGACAGGGAAGAACUUUUCGGUGAGACUGCGGGUAAACCAUCGAAGAGCGUUGCAAGACACAUUCCAGGGACAGGGGGACUCGAAGGGGUGAAGGCCCAGGCAGGAGGGGCCAUGGGAGAGGUUGCAAAGGCCAGAAUUGCAUUGUACGAGAGAGGUCAAAAGUUGAGCGAACUCGAAGAGAGGACAGCCCAGAUGAUGGCGAAUGCAGAGAACUUCCAACAGGCGGCUAACCAAAUCAUGCAAAAGUACAAAGACAAGAAGUGGUAUCAAUUUUAACACACUGCAGCUUGCACACCUGGGGUAGGAUUUCAUUUACCACUUUUAUUAUCCCAGUCAUCGAGGAUCUUCGUUGCGGCGGUGGGCGCGAGGUUGACAUACGUGUAGCGUCCGCCCAGCGACGGGAGCGGUGCGGGCAUUUUUCUUUGCGCGGUCGGACCGAGGAUUUGAGCGACAGAGCAUUUCACUUACCACUUCACGUCGGCGUCACGGUUUUCGUUUUCGAUGCAACUGCUUUUUGAAAAAACUGAGAGGAACAGAGUUUUCGUAAAGAUGGUUGUAUUUAUCAGUUCUCUCUCGUAAAAAAAAUGAAGGAUGGAUCACGCAAGACGGUGAUUGUCAAACUUCGGACGAUGAUUAGUAUUGUGAGUUGGAGGAGGUCAGGAGCAAAGACUUUCCAAUAAACACAAGAUCACACACGCUUGCUUGCUCAGACAACCUGUUUUGUUGCGGGGGUGACUAAAAGAAUGGAUGACGCGGUGGCGGAGGUAGGUGUGUUGCCAUGGUAACGUGAUGGAUGGUGGUUAGCAAUGUACCGAUGCAUGACUUGAUUAGCUGUCGAGAGAAGGAGCCAGAGCAUACACGCCGUCAGAUGGGAUUUACAGAGAGGGGGAGUGAUCUAAAGCUGGAACAGCCGGUAGACUCAGCCUCUCCCAGUGCACGCUAUUACAAUUUAGCGAUUACAUUCACACUCGUCGGGUUCAGGCAAUACUCGACAUAGAUUUUGAGACGUAUUCCUCGCGGGACGACGACGCGGGGCAGUCUCGACGGAAAUCCGGUGAAUUCAAAGCUAGUCUGACAGAUGCAGUAGCUAUUCAGGAGAAGUAGGGUGUAUUAAUUAAAUCAUAGAUAAUGUUUGUGAUUGUUUCUAAGCAAAUUUUACGAAUGAAUACUUGGGUCCUGAUUUUCUUCCAAAGUAUAUAAUUGUAUACAUGAUUCUGAAUGGAUGGUAGACUAGAGUUAUUGGUGUAACCCUAGAUAUUCCCCUAGUGUGGUUCUCUUCCCUUUAGUCGUAUACAAUAUCAUAUAUAUGUAAUUUAUAUACCAAAUUAUCACUCAAAACAAUGCAAAACAAAAACAAUUUUGAGAGUGGAAUUUCCUUUCUCUUCUCUCUCUCUCCCUCUCUCUGCUAUUUAAUCUCUCCCUUUUUUUCUUAAGAAGUCGUAGGUCGUUGUAACUUCCAUCUUCAGCUUCACAACUCGUGGAUGAAAUGGUUUUUGCUGCUAUUAUGUACAUUCCAUUAUGGUUCGGAAGAAUAGGAAUUUCCGUGCGGUUGAACAAAGUUGCUUGUUUCAUCCAAUCCUUUUCUUCUCUUUGGAAAGUUGAUUUCGCUUCAGCAUUUUCAGUUCAUACUGACACCAAGCGGUAGUUUUGCUAUGGAAGAUUGAUGAUUUCAUAUUUUCAUUUAGAACUGGAUUUACAUGUUCAUUCUAGUUUCUAUACUUAAAAGUGUUCUAGGUAAUUCAACGGCAAUGCUUUGCAUCGUCUUCACGUUGUGUUUGCAGUGACGAUACUUUUAUCACAUGCAACGUGCUCUUGCAAAAAAAAAUAAUAAUAAUACAUGUCAAACUUUUGUUGUCCUUGAUGUUUGUUUAUAUUUCAAUAAUAUACUGUACAUAAGAAUUGUCUCAAUAUAUGUAGUUUAUAGAAGUAUUUCAUAUACGAACGUGAGACUUGAGAGAAAGAGAGGCAUUAUCUUGUAUGAUUGUGCUGAAAAAAAUGACAUUCACAGCACUUAUGGCUAUGAUGUGCAACUUGUAUAGACAACAUUGUGAAAUAUAUACAUCGUAUGUUCACAUUAUUUUUCAUUUCAUUGUGCUUGAGGUCACAUAACGCACUGUCUUUAUCCAUGUUUUUUGCCGGAUGAAGUAUGAUAUUUUUUAGCAUUUGGUCUAUUUUUCCCCUUUUCUCAAGAUUUGUUUUCCCCCUUGAUUACAGUAUAUCUGUACUUGGCAAAUAAAACGAAUUAUCCUUCAUACCAAUACACCGUUUGCAGAAAUGCAAACAUGUUCAUAAUUAUAUACUAUUCCUGUAAAUAGCGCUUUGUAUAUAUAAAAAAAAAUUGAGUUGGAAAAAAAUAUGCUAGUUAUACUAGAAUAUGAUAACAUUUAUGCCAUGUAUUAUGUAAAAAAAAAUAAUCUAGUUUUAUUUAAUUUGUGCAGUUGCAAUUUUAUGUAUUCAAACAGGCAAUCUGGCUUGUGGCUUUGAAAUUGAUUUAUAUAUCUUCUUGGAAUUAAUCAGCGAGUCUGAAUUGGAAAUUGCCAGUGUUGUGGGAUUGUGUUUUUUGUGUUGGAGAGAGGAGAAGUCAUUGGUCGACCUGGAAUUUGGGGAAUGGGUAAACGAUUUAAAAUCACUUUUUUAUUUAUUCAAACCGAAGUUACCAGGGCUUUAUUCAAGCAGGUGAUAUUACGUUCAGUUUUAGCAUGGCUUUUCUCAGGUUUCUGCCCUACUACGUGCCAUAAAAAUACUCAUGUCCUACUCAUGUCAUACUAAUAAUGAUAACAUUUAAUUGACAUCUCCUUUAUUUACUAAUUAUUUAUAUACAGUGUAUAUACCCAGUUAAUCAGAGGCAUCAUCAAUUCAGAAAGCUCUCCCUAUUUUUUCUUUUCUUAUUUUUUUUUCAACUUUACCCUGGUGGUAUAUUAUUUCUGAGAGCAUUUUUUGAAAGGAGAGAAUCGUUAACUGCUUAAUUUGUAUUCGAAAAUUUACAUGCUACCGAUAUUUAUCGCGAACUGCUGUGCAAUCUAUUUUUGUUUUCAGUAAACUGUUUAGGAAGUCAGUUACAAAAGUAUUUUCAUUAUUUAUUCAUGUUCAAAGAUUUCCUCCAUAUUCAAAGUAAUAAGGAGCUAUAAUAAAUGAAGGAACAUGUAUUUCCAUGAAUUUACAAUUUUGUUUCUAAUUCAAUCCCUACUGUGAAGUAUACAUAUAGUUUGCUUUUAAAAAGUUUGAAAAUUAGUGAUGACUUGAAUAUAUAAAGUCAUUCUAUAAAUUUCCAGGUUGUGAGGAGUUUUGUGAUUUGGUAAUAGUUACCGAAAUCCACAGUAGUGAACAAUUUUAUAAGGAUUUGGAAGGGGGAUAAAUAUUGGUAUUCAAAUAUCAAUUUUAAAAGGAUUUAAUUCUCAUAAUCUCUUUGCAUUUAGUGUACAGAUGGUUUCAUUCUGCUUUGUGACCCACUUUCUUGCCUUCGAGUUAAUAUGCGUAUUUCCUUAUAUGGUCUUGUUAGAACUUAAAUGUAAUAGGGUACAUGUAAAUCUGAAGAAAUAUGUAACUUCUGACUUUUAUUACAAUGAAAUACUAAGCCCAUUCCGGUAUUCAAAUAUUUUGUUAGAAAUUUGAGAUACUAUCAAACAGAAUAAAGUCAAUUAUUUUGAAUAUCUUCAUUGGCAGACAGAAUUUGUGUGAAACAUGAUUUUCAAAUUAUUUUGCAAUUGCCAAGCCACUUUCAUAAUGUUUUCAGUGUGAAUUUUGGCUGAAAUUUGCUUAAGAGAAGUAAAAUGCUAAGUAAUUAAUCGAAUACACACAUGUAUUACUUGAGUAAAGUAUUCUUUGGCAAGCAAAAUGCAUUAAUAUACCUCAUUAAAUUUUGAUUAAUUCAUUAUUGAAUUGAACUUCGGUCCUGUUCUUAUGGUUCAAAUAUACAAAUCAUUUCAAAAUAGUAAUCAGAUAGAUUAAAUGUUCUACAUUGAACAGAUAAAAGCUACAAUCCCAGCUAUUAUUGUAUUGUCAUAGUUAUAUAUUUUUAAAUAUGCUCCAAAUAUACAAAGUGCAUGACAAGUGUACUCAUUUGAGCUGUAUUCUUUUAAUAGCUUAAUUUACAAAUAAUGACUUGACCAAUUGGUUGAAAUUGGUUGAAGUUAUCCAUCUGCAAGACAUUUCGAGACAUAUCUAAAGUAAUCGUUAUUAUCAACUGCUCUUUUGAUAUUUCCUCCCACUCUUUGUCCAUGAAAUAUAUAUCGAAAUACACACAUAAUCCAGUCAUCUACAAUGUUGCAUUUCAAACAAUACCCAUAAAAUCCAUUUUGACCAUUUGAGAUUAUCGUGUAGAAUGUUUUGUGUUAUUUUGACAAAAUCAUUUGAUAGCAGAAAUGUUGUUCAGUUAUUCCGAGAUGCGUUUGUAGAUGCAAGUACAAUUCAGCUGCUUGAAGACAUUGGUUAAUAUUUACAAAGGUCUUGUUUAAAAUCUUCCCAAACUUUGAUAUGUGUUGUAUGCAAUGUUGUUCAUAUGGAUGAAAAAGAACACCCAGAAAGAAAGAAAAAAAUGAAUUCCUAAAGACACUAUCAAGAAAUCUGCACCUGAAAAAAAUCACUUGAUUUUGAUGCUGUGGAUUCUCCUUUCAACACAUGUAGUCUAUGGGCUCAAAUUGGGACGGUGUUUCUGGUCAUUUUUUUGAAAGCAUUUAAAUAAUGAUAUUCAGGUGUAAUUAUGUAGGGCUUCAUUUAUGCAACAUAUCUCAGACAGAGGUAAUAAGUGAGACCUUGUCGCUCAGAUUUUGUUUCUGUCAAAUCAAUUUUAACCAAUGCCUUUUUAAGUAACGAUUCAUAGCUCACAUAUCUUGUAAUGAUCUCCACUCAAGGACGAGUCUGUCUUCUGGUGUCUAAGUCUUUCUUAUUCUCACGAGGUAGCAUCCAGUCACCUUUUGUCGCUCACUUCUGCGAAUGCAACCUUGUACAGCACUCGUAUGUAUAUAGCGUGUAACAUACACCGCACGAACAUUCACUCAACCAACAUUCCAUAGCUUACAAACGCACUCACCUGAACUUAAUCAUCGGUGCAGCAUAGAAUGGCUCAUUUUAAUUACGUCAUGUCAACGAUUCUUGCAUAAUACAGUUCUUUUCAUUCGGUUAUUUGUAUCUACGGCACGUUACACAGAAAUAUUGAUCAUAUUGAUGAAAUUUGAAUAUGUUUGGUGUCCCGAUCUGCCAAUCAUUUUGUAUCUGAUUUGUUUGUAAUUUUACAUUGAUAACAUUAGACUAGCGAGAAUAUAUGAUUCUGUUGAUUAAAUGUCUAGCUAUAUAUUUGUCGAGGCAUCUGUAAGUGCCGUUAUUUAGAUUAUUAUUGGAAUUUGCUUAUAAUGCAUAAUGUUGGUGGAAUGAUAGAUCAUGAAGCUUGCAAGAUUUGUAUUUGUUUUUUUUAGUUAAUGAUUAUUGAAUUUCCUUUAUGCCAAGCCAUUCCAUGAUACGUUUGGAUAUUGAUGAAAAUUGAAAUGUACGUUUUACACAAUCAUAUAUUGCUAUUUUAUUUGAUAUUUCUGAUAGAUCAUGAAGAUAUUAGUUGUUGCAUUGGAGUUAUGUGUUCUAAUUAAAAGACUGAAACAUUCUGGAUUUUUGCCAAAUACCAACAGAAGUUGUCUAUGGAAUAUGAUGUAACUUACAUUCCAAAGCUACAUAUACCUAUUCAAAUCUUACAUUCUUUGACUAUCCAUAUUUUUGUAUUAAUCUAUUUCCAUCUCUCCAAAAUGGUUGAAAAUACUGUUUAAAUGUUAUUAUUUUGCAGUGCUAUUCUGCGGAAACUAUUAAAGAUUAAUUCAUUUUAUUGGCAUUCCAAUAGCACCAGUUUUUAUAUUGGGAAAUUUGAUGAAAAAUGUAUGUCGUUGUAAAAAAUUGUAGGCACUGAACUCUUUAUGAACUUCAUUGCUUUUUAGUAUUCCCAUCCAGUGACACAUCUUUCCUUUUUAAUUUGUUUAUUACCAUUAUGGGAUGAUAUGCUUUCACUCCAUCAGAAUUACUAUAUCUUUAGGACUAUCAACAGGCUUUAUUUAUUGGGCCCCAUCUUACAAAGAGUUUUGAUAAAUUCAAAUGAAACUCAUUUCUUUUUUCUUUCAACAGUAUUUAUUAACCAACUGUAUAUUUUCAUUUCACAUUUGCAUCAAAAUAUCAACCAUAAUCAAAUAAUACAUGCAGAAGACGAUUCAAAUGCUGUGAUCGAUUAUGAUUGCUUAAAUUUCUUAUCUCUAAAAAACAUGAUUUAAGAUUAAUUCCAGUUAAUUCCAGUUUAAGUUUGAUUUGAAUUCAUCACAACUUUUUGUAAGACAUGCCCCAGUAAAAAAUUUUUGUUGUAAUUGUGUUGCUACAACUGAUUUGUUAAAAGAUCUUGUAGAUUGCAUUUUGUUAUCUUCAAAAGUGAAAUUAAUUAUAUUAAAUAAGAUCAAUAUUGAUAUGCUGCUGAUCCAGUUUAGCUUUAUCAAAUUCAUAAAAUAUAAAGAUAAAUAGCCUGUCUAAAAAAUUCAAAUAAAAAUGUUAUUUUCCCAAGAAAGUUAUAAAAUACAAUUUUCAAGAAAUGUCAACCUCUGCCCCACUCCACAAUGCACAAUCCUGUCGAAUAAUAUUCUAACUGCAGAUAACUUUGAAAAGAAAUGAUUUGUUAUUCUUAAGGCAAUACACUGGACGUUGCAAAUUUAUGUUAAAUUAUUAAUGGUAAAUUAACAAUUUUCAAGUCUUCAAUGAUUUGCACAUGUUAUAUUCUUAAUGUACCCAAGCAAUAUUGAUUAGCAUCUUUAUUUGAACCCCCCCUCCCUUUCCCUCCUUGAAAAAGCCUAUGUAGCAUAUCUCAAUAUCUUUGAUAAUAUGAAUAAUUUCUAAACAAAGAAAGCCUUUGCCAAAGAAACAACUAAUUUACAAAAUUUGAGAUACUUUAUCAGCAAUACAACUGGUAUAUGAAGUGUAUUCGUGUAAAAGGAAGUUACAUGAGGAUUUUAGGACAGUUUUAUGCCAGCUAGAAGUUGCUAUAUUAGAAGGGAAGUUGUCACUUUGGUUGUGACGAGUGAAGUUGAGUAGAAACUGAUCAUUGCCAUGAUGCGACUCUAUUUUUUUUCUUUAAAAAAUUGUUUUCAUGUAUGCUUAAUGCUUAAACUUGCGUUUUGGACAUCAGUGUUGUUCAAUCGAAGGGCGCGGGAUUUUUAAAAAUCCAGAUUUAUUUUCCCUUCAUCAUACUGUGCAAUCUAAUGAUGUAGUUGUAUAUCACAGAUUAUUCAUAUUCGAUUGAUGAAAAUUGUAAUAAUUGAUGUGUGUUUAGAAAAAAAGAAGAAAUUUGCAAGAGAAAAUAUAAAUAUAUAUAUAUAUAAAAAAUAAAUAUAUAUGAUUCAUAAAUGCUACAAUAUAAUGAUGGUGAUGGUGCGACAAUGUGAAUAGCUGAACCUUAGGAAAUCUAAUUGAUAUUUAGAUAUAAGUAUAGAGAAAUAUAUAUAAAUGUAUCAUAAUACCAAAUCGGUUUAAUAUGUGGUUCUUUUCAUUGUACUUCUUGUUUGAAAAUGGAAAAAGAACAGAUAAAUGACUCUUACGAAUUAUAUUAUAUCAAAUAUUAUAUCUGAAACCUUAUGGUUGAUGUCACUGUCGGAUUUGGACAGUGUGUUUUCCCCUUUUCCUCUUAUUUUUCCUUUUUUUCUUCUUGUACGUUACGGGAGGAGAGUUGUGGAUGUUCCUUGUUGCAAAUUAUGUACAGACGACAGUGGCUAGAUUAAAAACUGUCUGUGUAGACACCAUCCUAUUAAAAGACGGUAUAUUCACGCAUUACUCAAACA